CUGACUGACGUCUCCUUCUUGUAGGCCUUGCUCUGCAGAUCCAGUGCUACCAGUGUGAGGAGUUCCAGCGAGAUGACUGCUCUUCCCCGGAAUUUAUUGUCAAUUGUACAGUCAAUGUCCAGGACACGUGUCAGAAGGAAGUCAUGGAGAAGAGUGACGGCAUAUUAUACCGCAAGUCAUGUGCUUCGUCGGCCGCCUGUCUCAUCGCCUCGGCUGGGUACCAGUCCUUCUGCACUCCGGGGAAAGUCAAUUCCGUGUGUAUCAGCUGCUGUGACACCUCCCUCUGCAAUGGACCUCGCAACAAACGCAACCGGAGCGCCGCAGCCAAGCAUCAUGGGACUUCCCCCGCAAUACUCACCUCUCUAGUGGUGGCCCUGCUGACAAAGCAGCUAUAG